AUGCAAUUCAAACGCAAAGCUCCAAGAAUUGAGAUGAGAGAACAUCCCUUGUAUUGUUUUCAUGCCUUCUUAAGAUGUCCUUCGUUCACUGCAGCAGAUGAUGCUUUCGAUCCAGUGCUCGACACCACCGGUGAGAAGGUCCUGAGGGGUGCCCAAUAUCACAUAUUGCCAACUAUCCAUGGCAAUGGCGGUGGCCUUAUAGUAGCCAGCCAAUUUAGUGGCCGCACAUGCCAACGGGUUACUAUUGUACAAGACUCGAACGAGGCCAACAAGGGCCUUCCCCUUUCGUUUUCUCCUGCAACCAACGAUCAUGUGGUCCAAGUAGCCACUGAUCUUAACAUAAAAUACUCAAUCAAUAAGGUAUGUCAUCAUACUCCAGUGUGGAGAUUUGAUGCCAAUGACCAUGCCAGGGGACCGUAUUUCGUGACACUUGGUGGAGUUGAAGGAAAUCCUGGUCGUGAAACCUUGAGCAAUUGGUUUAAGAUUCAGAAAUUUGAAGAUGCCUACAAACUUCAGUAUUGUCCAACUGUAUGUGGUACUUGUAGGGUUAUAUGUAGAGACAUUGGUAUUGUUCUCGACCAUGGAAAUCGACGUUUGGCUCUGAGUGAUAGACCAUUCAAGGUUAUAUUUAAGAAGGCCUAG